UCUCCCAUUGUCUGUCCUUCCCCACAUAAACACAUCACUGUCGCAUAUCUCUUUCACACCAAGUUCCUUCUUAUUCCUACCAUCUUUAAUUCUUGAUAAUCCCAUUUCCCCCUCAUCUCACAAGAGAUUGUCACUCUUGAUUUUUCUUUUUGUUUCUAGUCAGUUUUUAAUGUUUUGAACAAGAAAAAUGGAUCUCACGAAUGUCACCAACCAAGCCUGCGCUGCCUGCAAUUACGGGAUGAAGCCUUGUGAUCCGCACUGCCCCUUAGCACCCUAUUUUCCUGCGGAUCAACCCAAAACUUUUCAAAAUGUAUACCGACUAUUUGGCGUUUCCAAAAUUCUUCAAAUGCUACACCAACUUGAUGCUACUGAAAAGAAACCGGCUAUGCAAUCUAUUAUUUACGAAGCAAACGCUCGCCAAAAACAUCCUGUCUAUGGAUGUGUGGCUGAAAUACGAAAUCUUUACUUUAAUAUUCGGCUUUGUGAACAAGAACUUCAAAAAGUUCGUGAACAACUUUCCCUCUACACAAAACAACUUGAGAACUCAUCAUCAACACCCGGUGAUUCUGUUUCCCAGAUUCGAUCGGAAAAUAUAAUUCCUCCCAGUACUUGUGGAAAUACCUUGUCACUCUUCACUCAAGAUACCCAUGGCCGGCUCCAAGUUCAGAAUCAGCAUUGAGAGGUACAGCACAGUUUGUCGAAUAUGGCUGAGAAUAAGUUAAAGAGAUCUGCAGAAUGUUUCAGUCUUAUAACUGAUGCAAUACCAUGUAAGGAGAGUAAUAGUAGAACGACUUGCUUUCUCCAUUCAGAAUUAAAAUUUUGAUGAGAAAUAAAUGCUACAGCAUAUGAUAGCAGAAUGACUUGUCGUAUGUCAUUUAAAUUUUUUUUAUUGUUGAGCUAUAAAUCAUAGAUCAUGUGAUAAUAAUAUUCAUUUUGCUUGUUCACUACCUAAACUUUUACUUUUGUGUGAGGGUUUUAUUCCUCACCUUCUAAUUCCAGCCUAU